CCGAGGAAGUACGUGGUGCCACACGAUCAUCUCGUACUCCAUUUCCAGUGUGCAGCUGAGGACGCGUAUAUCGAGCGCGGGCACUUUAGCAGAAGGUCAAUCUAAAUUUCAAUGCUUAGCUAAACAGGGUUUUUUGCUGUCCAUUCUGUAACCCGUCCUUUUCGCUGUUGCCUUAGUAGUGAUCGCUGAAUUCAUUGAUGAGAUUUCGCGGCGGCUUUUAGUUUGUUCAACCCAGAACAAUGGGCUUUCGGACCCUAUGCUAUGUUUUAUAACCAAGAACGUUAGAUAUAUUAUCCCGAGGACAAGUUUAUAGAUAGUCGGUGAAGGCUAUACAACCAGUUGUCUUUGGCCACUCUUGUGAACUCCUAUGCCAAAUGUGAAGGAUGUACUGGUUAUGUUAGGUUUACAACGGGACCAGUAGCUACAUCUUUACUGACUGCAAGACACGAACUUCGAGUAACUGUGCAAAGGGGAUCCACGAUGUCUAAUCCAGUGAGGUUCAAAAAGGAUAAAGAAAUUAUUGCAGAGUACGAGAGUCAAGUAAAAGAGAUCCGGGCCCAGCUGGUGGAGCAGCAGAAAUGCCUGGAGCAGCAGACGGAGAUGCGGGUGCAGCUCCUCCAGGACCUGCAGGACUUUUUCCGCAAGAAGUCCGAGAUCGAGAUGGAGUACUCCCGCAACCUGGAGAAGCUGGCCGAGCGCUUCAUGGCCAAGACGCGCAGCACCAAGGACCACCAGCAGUACAAGAAGGACCAGAACCUGCUGUCCCCGGUCAACUGCUGGUAUCUGCUGCUCAACCAGGUGAGGAGGGAGAGCAAGGACCACGCCACCCUCAGCGACAUCUACCUGAACAACGUCAUCAUGCGCUUUAUGCAGAUCAGUGAAGACUCUACGCGCCUUCUCAAGAAGAGCAAAGAGAUAACCUUUCAGCUCCAGGAAGACUUGAUGAAGGUCCUAAAUGAGCUGUACACGGUGAUGAAGACGUACCACAUGUACCACACGGAGAGCCUGAGCGCGGAGUACAAGCUGAAGGAGGCGGAGAGGCAGGAGGAGAAGCAGAUGGGGCGUGUGGGAGACCCCGUCUUCCAACUCCGCAUGGAGGACAAGCACCAGCGGCGCAGCUCCGUCAAGAAGAUCGAGAAGAUGAAGGAGAAGCGGCAGGCCAAGUACUCAGAGAACAAGCUGAAGUCAAUCAAAGCCCGCAACGAGUACCUCCUCACACUGGAAGCCACAAACUCCUCCGUUUUCAAGUAUUACAUCCAUGACCUGUCUGACUUAAUCGAUUGCUGCGACCUGGGGUACCAUGCCAGCCUGAACCGGGCGCUGCGCACCUACCUCUCGGCCGAGUACAACCUGGAGACGUCGCGGCACGAGGGGCUGGACAUCCUGGAGAACGCCGUGGACGGCCUGGACCCCCGCAGCGACCGGCAGCGCUUCAUGGAGAUGUACCCCACUGCCUUCUGCCCGCCCGUCAAGUUCGAGUUCCAGCCCCACAUGGGCGACGAGGUGUGUCAGAUCACGGCACAGCCCCCGGUCCAGGCAGAGCUCAUACUGAGGUUCCAGCAGCUGCAGUCCCGCCUCGCUACCCUCAAGAUUGAAAACGAGGAGGUGAAGAAGACCUCGGAGGCCACGCUCACCACCCUGCAGGACAUGGUGACCAUUGAGGACUACGACGUGUCCGAGUGCUUCCACCACAGCCGCUCCACCGAGUCGGUCAAGUCCACCGUGUCCGAGACCUACCUCAGCAAGCCCAGCAUCGCCAAGAGGAGGGCCAACCAGCAGGAGACCGAGCAAUUCUACUUCAUGAAAUUCCGCGAAUUUCUGGAGGGCAGCAACCUCAUCUCCAAGCUGCAGGCAAAGCACGACCUGCUGAAGAAGGCGCUGGGAGACGGUCACCGAGCCGAGUACAUGACCACAAGGCCUCCCCACGUGCCCCCCAAAUCCCGGAAACCUAGGCCGCGCUCCAUAUUUAACACCAAGUUGUUUAACGGUGACUUGGUGUCGUUCGUGCAGGAUUCUGGGCAGGCUAUUCCUCGAGUGGUUGAGAGCUGCAUACGAUUCAUCAACCUCUACGGCCUCCAGCAUCAGGGCAUAUUCCGGGUGUCGGGGUCUCAGGUUGAGGUCAACGACAUCAAGAACUCAUUUGAGAGAGGAAAUGACCCCCUGACGGAUGAGGAGAACAACCAUGACAUCAACUCGGUCGCUGGGGUUCUCAAACUCUACUUCCGCGGCCUGGAGAACCCCCUCUUUCCCAAGGACAGAUUCAACGACCUCAUUUCCUGCGUCAGAACAGACAAUCUCUACGAAAGAGCCCUUUACAUCCGCAAGAUCCUGCUGACCGUGCCCAGGUCCGUCCUCGUCGUGAUGCGGUACCUCUUCGCCUUCCUCAACCACUUGUCCCAGUACAGCGACGAGAACAUGAUGGACCCCUAUAACCUGGCCAUCUGCUUCGGCCCCACCCUGAUGCCCACACCUGACAUCCAGGACCAGGUGUCCUGCCAGGCUCACGUCAACGAGAUCAUCAAGACCAUCAUCAUCCACCACGAGACCAUCUUCCCAGACGCCAAGGAGCUGGAUGGCCCUGUGUACGAGAAGUGUAUGGCGGGGGGCGACUACUGCGACAGUCCCUACAGUGAGCACGGAGCCCUGGAGGAGGUGGACCAGGAUGGCGGGGCUGAGACGCACACCAGUGAGGACGAAGGCGAGCCCAUCGAAGCCAUAGCCAAGUUCGACUACGUGGGCCGCUCGGCCCGCGAGCUGUCCUUCAAGAAGGGUGCCUCCUUGCUGCUGUACCAGCGGGCCUCGGACGACUGGUGGGAGGGCCGGCACAACGGCAUCGACGGGCUGGUGCCGCACCAGUACAUCGUGGUGCAGGACAUGGACGACACUUUCUCUGACUCCCUGAGUCAGAAAGCAGACAGCGAGACGAGCAGCGGACCCCCCGCAGAGGACAGGUGCUCGGGCAAGGACAUGAGCUCCCCCACAGACCGGCUCCCCGAGGCCUACAUCAGCAGCAGGCAUAGGAAGAGGACGGACCCCCCCACGCGCCGACCCCCGGCCCGCCCCAGCGACGCCCACUGCCCACCCCACCCCUCCCCCCAGGGCCACGGCAACGGCUCGGCGGCGGAGACGGGCUCCCCCGGCGGGGGGCGCUUCAGCCCGCGGGACCUGCUGCGCGGGCGCAACCACGCUCCCCUGGACAGCCCUGAGCGCCGGCGCCGCACCGGCCACGGCAGCCUCACCAACAUCAGCCGGCACGAGUCGCUGAAGAAGACGGAGAGCCCGCCGCUGCGCCGCUCCACCUCCUCCGGACAGUACCCCGGUUUCACCCACCCCCACGGCAAGCCCCUGGACCCCGAGACCAUCGCACAGGACAUUGAAGAGACCAUGAACAGCGCCCUGAACGAGCUGAGGGAGCUGGAAAGGCAGAGCUCGGCCAAGCACGCACCGGACGUGGUGCUGGACACGCUGGAGCAGAUGAAGAACAGCCCCGCGCCUGCACCCGGGGCCCCGCCCGCACCAGGAGGCCCCGGCGAGCCCCUCAGCCCCCUGCGCGGCUUCAUAGCGCGGCCGUCCGAGCCACCCGGCCGCCGCGUGCCCUCCACCGACGCCGUCAGCACCUUCAGGCCCGCUGUGGCGCCCCGCAUGGGGGUGCAGCUCAAGCCUCCCGCCCUGCGUCCGAAGCCCCUGGUCCUGCCCAAAACUGGCCUCGCCCAGCCACCCGCACCCGCCCCCCAGGGCCCUCUGGAUAAGUCCUGCACCAUGUGACCCAGCAGCCUAGCAACACAAGCAGAGUGGCUUUACAUAGCAACAUAUUAACAGUCUUUAUGGGUCAAUGAGUAAGCUC